CCUUCCUUCCUCCCGCCUUCCUUCCUUCCUUCCUUCCUCUCGUGCUUAUGGCGGCGCCCAGCCAGGACGGGAGGAGAAGGAAGCAGUUUGGGAACCGCUUCCUCACCGACCCGGCUCGCCUCUUCCAGCACAACGCCUGGUAAGGAGGAGAGGUGGGGGGAAUGAGGACUGCGGUGCGAGUUUUCCCGCAUUGUACCAAUCUAGCUGCCAUCAAAACCAAGGAGGAAGGUCCCUGCCCGCGUGGAGCUUGCAGUGAAAGACGAGGUCGUGCACUCUCCUCCCUUGGAGGUUUUUCAGCAUGGCCAUCUGUCAUGGAUGCUAUAGCUGAGAUUCCUGCAUUGUAGGGGGUUGGGCUAGAUGACCCUCGGGUCCCUUCCGAUUUUUGUUGGCAAAGCUUCUCUUUCAAUUCAGAAUCUGUCAGUCCCCCGCCCCAGAUUAACACAGAUCUUCGAGGCCAGUUAGUCUGCUGGUAAAUAGUAGUACAGUGGUACCUCGGGUUAAUAACUUAAUUCGUUCCGGAGGUCUUUCUUAACCUGAAACUGUUCAUAACCUGAGGCACCGCUUUAGCUAAUGGGGCCUCCCACUGCCACCGCGCCACCAGAGCACGAUUUCUGUUCUCUUCCUGAAGCAAAGUUCUUAACCUGAGGUAAUAUUUCUGGGUUAGCGGAGUCUGUAACCUGAAGCGUAUGUAACCCGAGGUAUCACUGUAGUAGUAUGUAUGUAUGUAUGUAUUUUACCCUGCCCAUCUGGCUGGGUUUCACCAGCCACUCUGGACGGCUUCCAACAAAAGGCUAAAAAUACAUUAAAACAUCAGUCAUUUAAAACUUCCCUAAACAAGGCUGCCUUCAGAUGUCUUCUAAACAUCAGUUAAUUGUUUACAGUGGACCCUCUAGUUACGUAUCACUCUGGAUACGUAACUUUCGGGUUACAAACAUGGCAAACCCAGAAGUGUGCCGUGUGCAGAAGCAGCACCUCUGCCUACGGACAUUUCGGGUUGCGGACAGACCCCCAGAAUGAAUUUAAUUCUUAUCCAGAGUGUCCACUAUAUUUCUUUGACAUCUGAUGGGAGGGAGUUCCACAGGGCGCGCGUCACCACCAAGAAGGCCCUCUGCCUGGUUCCCUGUAACCUCACCUCUCUCAGGGAGGGAACCGCCAGAAGGCACUCAGAGCUGGACCUCAGUGUCCGGGCUGAACGAUGGGGUGGAGAUACUCUUUCAGGUAUACUGGGCCGAGGCCGUUUAGGGCUUUAAAGGUCAGCAUCAACACUUUGAAUUGUGCUCUGAAACGUAAUGGGAGCCAAUGGUACACUUGCAGGCGAGACUAGCUCGGCACAGAUGGAUUCCGGUGGCUAGGGUUAACGGAACCAGAUAAAUACUUCUUUCCUGCCGCAGGGAUAACGUGGAGUGGUCUGAGGAACAGGAAGCCGCAGCACAAGCGAAGGUCCAAGAGAACAGCACAGAGUUUGUGCCACAAGACCAGCAAGGUAUUAUUAGUGUGCGAUAUCACCUCUUCUGGCGGUGAUAUCUCUAGCCAGUCCAGAAAAAAUGAGGUGUGAUUAAGCCCCACUGAAGUCAGCGAAGCAAAUUAGUGUCUUAACUUUACGUUGGAGGUUCGUUGUGUGACUCAUUUGCCAGUUUUGUGCCAUUGGAACUUGUGUUUGUGAAGCAGAGUUCCAAAUUGCUAUUAACUUUGGCAUUGUCACAAGUCACCCUCAAAGGUUAGUGCUUCUUGGAACGCUGUGGGUUUGUUGCCGUUUUGCCUUCUUACACAUAGGAAGAAGAGAUGUGCUUGCCCACUGAAUCCAUGUUUGCUAGGUCUUGUGCUUAAGUCUCCCAAUUCAAUGGGUCACACUGGUUAUUUGAAAACUGACGAAGAGUUAAUUAUGCCAAGUGACGCCCAGUUCGAACAUCCUUUGAAGUGUGCUAAAUCUUUUCUUUCUUUUUUCUCUCCCCCCCCCAUGCUUAUUACAUACAAAAAAAGGGAACAAUACUGAAAAGGGGGUACAACUUAAGAGGGGAGGGAAAAGGAAAGAAAAUGUACACAAUCUGUUAUUACGAUAAAAAUUAUGACAAAAAGUUAUGAUUACAAUUUCAUGUUGCAAUAAAAGUAAAAAAUCUCAUUAUCUUUUAUACCCAACUUUGAAGCGUGCUAAAUCUUCAUGUGUAAUAUACCGUCACAGAACUCACAUGGAGGUUUCCACAUCUGUAUGCAAAAAAAGCUUGCAAAGCAAGCAGGGGGAGAUUUUAGCCCACCCUUCAGCUGCUUUUGCAUUUUGAGGUGCCCAUCAGUUCCAUGUUUGUUUAUUUUUAAUUUAUUUGUUAAAUUUGUAUACCGCCUUAAACCCGUAGAUCCCUGGGCAGUUCACAACACAAAGUUACGGUGUACAGAGCACAAAAUACAUAAUAAAAAUAAUCGAAGCACAAAAUACAUAAUAAAAAUAAUUGAAACAUAAAGAUUAGUACAGAUUUGACUGUCCUGUGUAUAGAAUCCCCCCCCCCCCUAUUUUUAGUAUGCAGGUUUCUGGAAAUUAUCUCCCAACAGCUACUGGAAACCGGCUUGACCUAAUACCGCAAACAAUAGCUUUUACAGGUCUGAGUAUGUUUGUCAAAAUAGAUAUGAUGGUGGCAACCCAUCAUACUUGUCUUCCCCAUUCAGGCAUAAACUGGGGGGGUGGGGUGCAGGUCGGAUCUUAGCAUCCAAAGCUGUAAACAGUUAAGGGGAGCUGAACUCUCUGUGGUCGGUGACUCAAUCUGUCAUAUUUCUCAGCUUAGCUCUGAUAGCAGAAGUAAACCAACCUAGGUGGAAAGUGCUUGGUGUGAUGGACUGUAGGAAGGGAGAGUUUUGGCUCCCCUCAUCCACACACCCCUUUUGAUGUUAAAAUCAGACCCACAGCCUGCUUUUUUAUAUGUGACACAUGAAUCAAUCUAUGGAGGAGGUUUUUGCAAAUAGGAUGUUUGGAAACCUACAUCACUGGGAACAAUUACAUAGUGAAAUACGUCUUCUGGGAUUUGCUUCCUUGGAGUGAGUUUGAUGGAAAAAUCAUUUAGCUGGCUUAACUUAAAAAAACCAUUGAGAGUUUCUUCUAGGUUUAAGGUGUUGUCUCCUAAACUGCAAAGCUCCUUCUCUGGUCAAGGACUUGGACUGGAGUUUUUCUCACUUGUACCCUGCCAUUUUCUUUGCAGAUGCUUAUGAGAUCAGUGCCAGCAAGUAUUGGAAUGACUUUUACAAAACCCACGAAAAUGGGUUUUUCAAGGACCGACACUGGCUGUUCACCGAAUUUCCUGAGCUGGCUCCAAACCAGAAUGCCAGUACGGUUGACGUGUGUGCCUCUGAGGCUGCUGCUGCGAAAAACACAAAAGGCUCAGGCCUUUGGGAGUGCAAUGGACUUAGUUCACUGGAGACUGGGAUCUUGGAGUGUCAGGACUCGGAGAUAAGCAGUUGUAACUCCACCCACCAAACGCAAACAGAAGUGGCAGCGCAGAAACUGGAGGAACAAAAACUAAGAGACUUCCCAGGGUCAUCUGCUACUUACAGAAUACUAGAGGUAACUGCACAGCGAAUCGGAACCAAAGCAUGCUUUGUUGCGCCAAUAGUUCCACCUAGCUCAGCGUUCUGCCUACCAACAAUAGGCCUUGGGGAGGCUCACAGAUGGAGUUUAAUGGUGAUGUUUACCCUGUACUAUACAGUGGUACCUCAGGUUAAGUACUUAAUCCGUUCCGCAGGUCCGUUCUUAACCUGAAACUAUUCUUAUCCUGAAGCACCACUUUAGCUAAUGGGGCCUCCUGCUGCUGCUGCGCCGCUGGAGCACGAUUUCUGUUCUCAUCCUGAAGCAAAGUUCUUAACCCGAGGUACUAUUUCUGGGUUAGCAGAGUCUGUAACAUGAAGCGUUAUGUAACCUGAAGUGUAUGUCACCCGAGGUACCACUGUAUAGUUAUUGGGAAGAUAUUAGCUGUGAACAUGAAAGGUUUUGCUUCUAUGUUUGUGUAGUUAGUGGGCGCCAGUAGACAGGUUGGCCAUAUAAAUGCCAUUUUGUUAGAAGAGUUUUCCUUUCUGUGCAUACAGCCAUGAUGCCUUUCAGUUUCACUGAGCUUGAUUGGAGGUGUCAGCCCCACCCCAAAAAAAGCUCAACAACUCUGGGCAUUUCCCCCCAUUUUCUUAAUUUGGAUUCCCCCCAAAUAGGGGGUGUCUUAUACAUGGGGGCGUGUUAUACACGGAAAAAGACAGUAUUUCAAGGCAGCCCUCCUGUAAAAAGAUAGUUGCUGACCCAGGGAGAAAUGUAUUUGAUCUUGGCAGUAAAGGAGAGCAUAAAAGGAGAGGCUUGAAUAUAUUAAAUCAUUUCUAGAGCGGUAGCUACGCUGGUCUGUUGUAGCAAAAAUAAAUAAAUCUUGUGCCACCUUAAAGACAAAUGUAUCGUGGUAUAAACUUUUGUUGCGAUGGCUGAAAAUAUUCACUAUGUUUGCUUUAUUGGCAGGUGGGCUGUGGAGCAGGAAACACUGUUUUCCCCAUCCUCCAAACCAACAAGUAAGAGAGACGGCAAGCAGAUUGUACACUGAGGUUUACAAACCAAUAGGAUGGUUUUUUAGACUUGGUAUCUAGAAUGGUUCUGUUUCAUUGUGCUUUCAUUGGGAUUCCCAAUGUUCCCACCAUGGCAAAAAUGAUCCACAUGGGACCUUGUCUUCUUCCUUUGCUUCCACUGUGCAGAGGAGUUUUGACAUUGAGGUACAGGCAUCCCCCUCACUCAUGCACGUUCUACUCGCGCAUGAUUGUUCAUACGCAUGGUGCCGUGAAAUAAUUCAAUUCCAACCCGGAAAUGGCCAGAGAGAGCCAGAAAGUUCUCGUGGCUCACAAGGAAACCCUUGUAAAGAGAAAGAAGGUUCUUUUUUUCAUAUGUGGUGGUCUUGUAGUAAAGUUAAAGCUUACUGGGAAAUGAUAUAUAAUGAAAUGAAAAGGAUGUUUAAAAUAACCUUUGUAAAAAAAAAAAACCAGAAGCUUUUCUUUUGGGAAUUAUAGGGACAGAACGACAUAACUGUAUAGAAACUUAUUCCUGUAUGCGACUACAGAGGCAAGAAUGUUACUUGCCCCAAAAUGGAAAGAAGCAGAAAUCUCAGCAAAGGAAGAAUAGAUACAAAAACUUAUGGAAUAUGCAGAAAUGGCGAAACUUACCAGAAGAAUAAGAAAUCAAGAUAAUUUUUAAAAAUUAAAAAUUGAAAUAGUUUAUGGAAUAUUUACAAACAAAUUAUAAACUGUUAAGAACAUUGGCAGGAUUGUUGCAAUAACUUGCAGUUUCAUAAAAGCAUAUAUUUAAAGAAGAUGAAUAAAUGAGCCAGUUAAGUUAAUUUGGAUAUGCAGAAAAUAUUAAAAAUACAUUUAAGGAACUGCAGAAAAAAGAGGGAAGGAAGUCAAGUUUUGAAAUGUCAAAAUGAUUGUAAAAUUAGCAAAAUGUAUAAACCAGAAGAAUGUAUAUUUUUUUAAAACCAAAACAACACACCAGAACCCGCUUGGAAGCCCCAAAGAGAACAGAGGCGCUGUGGGGCUUUGUUUACGCUGCUUGGACUUCCGGUUCUCUGUCCUGCAGCUACGUAUUAUAUUCGUUCCUUAUGAUCCAGCCAUUCUAUCUUUCAUAAACCAGCCUUUUUUUGUCUUCAGAUCCAGAUAAGAGCAUUUUCUCUUUCAUGCAAAAAGUCCGUAAGAAAUUUCCGAACCUUAACAAACGUCGGUAAUGAUUUUUCUCCAAUUAAACCUGUUAACUUUGCUAUCUCAGCCAAGUCCAAUCGUUUUAUCAGCCAAUCCUCUAUAGUGGCUAGGGCUGUAUCUUUCCAUCUUUGUGCAAAUAGUAAUCUCGCACUGUAAUCUUCCAUUAACCUUUUCUAACAGUGUAUCUGUUAGCCCUAAAAGAAAUGAGUUCUGGCAUCGAUUGAAUAUUAACCUUUAAAACGUAUGUAUCCACAUCCAAUUUUUUUAAGCCUUUUUAUAUGUCCACUAAGCAUGAUAAAAUGUCCCUUCAUGUUCUUGGCAUUUCCAGCACGCAUUUGAAACAUCUUCGUUUAUUAAUUUCUCAGGAGUUAAAUACCAACGAUACAUCACUUUGUAAAAAUUCUCUUUAAGAUCAUAGCACAGUGUAAAUUUGAACCCCUUAGUCCACAUUCGUUCCCUGUUCUAUCUGCCUUACCAGUCUCCUCUGGUUUAUUUCAGCGAUCCGGGCUUGUUUGUAUAUUGCUGUGACUUCUCCAAAACAGCGGUAGAGCUCGUCCAGGUAAAAAAACAACAAAGCUUAGUAAGAGAAGGUGGUUUAAUCGUCUUGGCUAGGUGGGAAAUGCCACUGUGUUUCUGAAAGUACUUGGCCUUUGCUGUUGUAACUUAAUACAAUUUUGUUGUUAAUGUCAGGAAGGCUUUUGCCCUUUGACUCUUUGCCUAGUAGCUGGUGAGUAGAGACCUCGCUGGAGAACAUUGGCAGGAGCUGGGUGGAGGCCUUCCUCUUUGACCUCUGGGAGCAGCUAUCUUUAUUUAAUAAUAAUAAUAAUAAUAAUUUAUUUAUACCCCGGCGAUCUAGCUGGGUUUCCCCAGCCACUCUGGGCGGCUCCCAACAAAAUAUUAAAAUACAGUAGUCCGUCAAACAUUAAAAGCUUCCCUAAACAGGGCUGCCUUCAGAUGUCUUCUAAAAGUCUGGUAGUUGUUGUUCUCUUUGACAUCUGGUGGGAGGACAUUCCACAGGGCAGGUGCCACCACCGAGAAGGCCCUCUGCCUGGUUCCCUGUAACUUGGCUUCUCACAGCGAAGGAACCACCAGAAGGCCCUCAGAGCUGGACCUCAGUGUCCGGGCAGAACGAUGGGGGUGGAGACGCUCCUUCAGGUAUGCUGGGCUGAGGCCGUUUAGGGCUUUAAAGGUCAGAACCAACACUUUAUUUUAUCUGCAGUAUUUCUAGCCUGUUAUUCAUUCUUUCAAUCCCGGAGGGGGGAAGAAAAGCAAUAAACACAGAGGAUAGCAAUAGACCAAAAUUACAAAAUCAUAGAAGCAGUUCUAUCAUAAAUAAGCAAAAUGACAAGAGCAUAAAUUAAUAUUCCCAGUUUAACGAAGUACCGUGUCGCAAGUUUAAUAUAUGAUGCAUGCUUUGUUUCAGAUUUAGAAAUUAGGGCAGUGUGACAACUACUACUACUACUACUACUACUACUUAUUGUUAUUAUUAUUUAUACCCCACCCAAUCUGGGUGGCUCCCAACAGAAUAUUAAUAAUAAUAAAGUGAUAAAACAUCAAACAUUAAAAACUUCCCUAAACAGGGCUGCCUUCAGAUGGCUUCUAAAAAUCAGAUAGUUGUUGUUUCCUUGAUAUCUGAUGGGAGGGCGUGUGUUUGGUUUGCACAUUUGGCCUUGAAGAUCAAGAUAAAAAGCUCUAUUCAGCAAAAAUUUUAUUUAAAAUACUUUGAAUGCCACCUUUAAGAAUCAAAGCUUUCCUUAAGUCAUCAAAGUGGUGGUGAUAAUAAAUAGAUAAUACAGACAUAAACCCAGCUCAAAACAGGACACAGAGCAGCAAAGAACGCAGUAAAUAAAGAUUCUUUCAGGCAAAAGCCAGUGAGAACAGGUGAGCUUUCAGAUGUGUCCUAAAUACAGUGCCCUCUCCCACAUACCACCCAAUUCAGGCUUCCUCAAACUCGGCCCUCCAGAUGUUUUUGGCCUACAACUCCCAUGAUCCCUAGCUAGCACAGGCAAACUCCGGCCCUCCAGAUGUUUGGGACUACAACUCCCAUCAUCCCUAGCUUACAGCACCAGUCGUCAGGGAUGAUGGGAAUUGUAGUCCCAAACAUCUGGAGGGCUGGAGUUUGCCUAUGCCUGAGCUAGCAGGACCAGUGGUCAGGGAUGAUGGGAAUUGUAGUCUCAAAACAUCUGGAGGGCUGAGUUUGAGGAAACCUGAAGCAAUUGAACUGCACUUUGUGACAUGUAGGGUUGACGUGGCCAGGCUGCCGAUUCUCGGCUUAAUCUGUUCCGCAGGGUUGUGGCGAGGGUAGAACGUGAAGUGUGCUCAAAGAAUACUUGUGUGAACAUACAGGCCCAUCCGGAAUAUGACACCUCUCGCUGCUUCGCCUUUGUCCAUGACCUGUGUGAGACCGGGACCCCCUUUCCGAUGCCAGACGAAAGUGUGGACGUUGUGGUUCUCAUCUUCGUCCUUUCUGCUCUUCUCCCGGAAAAGUAUGUAUGUCAUUCUGCUACUGCUGUGUGUGUGCUUGCCUAAUAUCACUAUCAAUAGCAGCAUGUGUGUGGUAUUUUUUGGGGGGGGGGUUACAAAGUUGCAUUUUUUUAUAACUGCAGCAAAUCUAGAGCACCUGUAAGCACAUGGGUUAACUAUACUGAAUACAGGCAAUAAAAUUACAGUGUUAUCUCGGGUUAAGAACUUACCAUAUUUUUCGCUCUAUAAGACACACUUUUUCUCUCCUAAAAAGUAAGGGGAAAUGUGUGUGCGUCUUAUGGAGCGCAUGCAGGUUGCGCAGCCAUCCCAGAAGCCAGAAUGCUGCGCAGCGCUCCCUCUCGCUGUUCUAGCUUCUGGCUUAGCCAGGCGCAGCCUCUUUAAAGGGAGCGUGGCUUUUGUUUUUUUUAAAACAUAAUUUUUAUUAACAGGCCAAUCAUAUCACAUUAUUUCAAAUCACAUUAAUUCCAAAUUAUACAGCCAAAUUUUUCAAUUUUGAUAGGGGUACCCAUACAUCAAGCUCCGAACGAGGAUCCAAACAUCACUUCUAUUACUGCUUCAAUUAAACAGUUCUAUCCAGUUCUAUCCAGAUAGUCUCUUUAUUACUUUCUUCAUCUUCUUGUUGUUGCCAGAUAUUCCUUUCUUUGCGAUCUCUGAUAAUCUUCACAGGCAGGUUGGAAGCAAACAUCGUCUGUGUGGGUUUUACACACUCCACAAGUCAUAUCUCAUAGGGACAGCCGCCAUUCCCCUCCUCCUUCAAAAGUUUAUCUUCGGUCUGCCCUUUAGUUUUCCCAGGCUUGUAAAAUAUCUCAUAGAGGGCUCUGCCAGGUUAAGAUCAAAUUCCAAUCAUCAUUCACAUUCCAAUAGUCCUGGUUCUCCUCCCCCCGUCUUUCUUAGACAAGCCUGUCUUGCGAGACGCCAUUUUAAAACUGCGUCAUAGAAUUUUUCCAUUCUCCAAUAUUUACCAAUCCUCUCUUCAUUCAUCAUUAAUUCAUCCCACACAGUUUUUAAAUUCCUGCUUGUGAUUAAUAAAAUACAGCGAUUCUUCUUCCUUUGGGGUGGAGGAUUAUUAAUACUCACAUAAGGCAAAGAAAAGAAAAGGUUUUUCCUCCACCCCCCUUCUUCACUCCAGACAUACCAAUCUCUUAAUGGCGCUUCAUCGCUUGAUUUAUUUGUCCUCGCCCGCCGCUCCGAUCCCAGAGAUCCAUUAAUCAGCAGUCUUAUCUCCCGAACUUUACUUGAUGUAUGUGCUGUAGCUUCUUCCAAUUAUAUAUUUCCAAUUGUAUUUCGAGCUAAAGCGAAUCAGCACGCGCAAAUUGGAGACAGCGUCCGGGAAGAGCCGACUUCACCGAGGGCUGGUGCCAAGUGACCGGGGCACCCCCUUCUCUCGAAUCCGGGGGUGCAUUAUGGCCACCACUGGCAAGGCAGUCCCCCCCAUCUCCUUGGGGGUUCGGGAAGACUGCAUACUUCCCAGAGCAGCCUCUUAAUUACCUCGUGUGGGUCGGAGAGAUGUUAUUGUCGGCCAUCUUCCAAUGCGCCACCUGGUGGCCCCCGGCUCUUGCUGGCUUUUGCGGGAGAUGGGGGAAGGGGCAGAGCGUGUGGCCUGAAGCACCACUUUAGCUAAUGGGACCUCCUGCUGCCGCUGCGCCGCCACUACACGAUUUCUGUUCUCAUCCUGAAGGAAAGUUCUUAACCCGAGGUACUAUUUCUGGGUUAGCGGAGUCUGUAACCUGAAGCGUAUAUAACCUGAGGUACCACUGUAGUUCAUUGGAAGCUUUAUUUUGCUAUUGUUAUUCCAAGCUGAUAGAUUACAGUGGUACCUCAAGUUACAAACGCCUGAGGUUACAAACACUUCAGGUUACAAACUCGGCUAACCUGGAAGAGUUACCUCAAGUUGAGAACUUUGCCCCAGGAUGAGAAUGGAAAUCGUGUGCCGGCGGCGCAGCGGCAGCAAGAGGCCCCAUUAGCGAACACACGCCUCUAGUUAAGAACAGUUUCAGGUUAAGAACAGACCUCCGGAACGAAUUAAGUUUGUAACUAGAGGUACCACUGUACUAGCAUGUUUCAGUGGCUGCUGAGUCUUUUCCCUCUUGUUUUUCUCCCACAGAAUGCAAUGUGUAAUCAACAGACUUAGCAAACUACUGAAACCUGGCGGAAUUAUUUUAUUACGAGAUUAUGGCCGUUACGAUCUAGCCCAACUCCGCUUUAAAAAAGGUAAGGGGAGGGAACAGGCAGUAUUGCCAUUUAGUAAAGGAAGCAGUCAUUCCCUCUGCAUCUCAGCGGUUACAAGACAGAAGUACUGUUCUGGGGGGACAGGACGCACGCGGGUGUGGAGGACUCCCUGGUCCUGAAUGGGGUAACUGUGCCCCUGAAGGACCAGGUGUGCAGCCUGGGGGUCAUUUUGGACUCACAGCUGUCCAUGGAGGCGCAGGUCAAUUCUGUGUCCAGGGCAGCUGUCUAUCAGCUCCAUCUGGUACACAGGCUGAGACCCUACCUGUCUGCAGACUGUCUUGCCAGAGUGGUGCAUGCUCUAGUUAUCUCCCGCUUGGACUACUGCAAUGUGCUCUAUGUGGGGCUACCUUUGAAGGUGACUCGGAAACUACAACUAAUCCAGAAUGCGGCAGCUAGAAUGGUGACUGGGAGCAGCCGCUGAGACCACAUAACACCAAUCUUGAAAGACCUACACUGGUUCACAGUAUGUUUCCGAGCACAAUUCAAAGUGUUGGUGCUGACCUUUAAAGCCCUAAAUGGCCUCAGCUCAGUAUACCUGAAGGAGCUUCUCCACCCCCCAUCAUCCAGCCCGGACACUGAGGUCCAGCGCCAAGGGCCUUCUGGCGGUUCCCUCACUGCAAGAAGUGAAGUUACAGGGAACCAGGAAGCGGGCCUUCUCGGUAGUGGCACCCGCCCUGUGGAACGCCCUCCCACCAGAUGUCAAAGAGAAAAACAACUACCAGACUUUUAGAAGGCAUCUGAAGGCAGCCCUGUUUAGGGAAGCUUUUAAGGUUUAAUAGACUAUUGUAUUUUAAUAUUCCGUUGGAAGCUGCCCAGAGUGGCUGGGGAAACCCAGCCAGAUGGGCGGGGUAUAAAUAAAAAAUAAUAAUUAUUAUUACUUGAGAAACAAAACCUCUAGCCUUCACCAGGAAGUUAAGGCACCAACACGGUCCUGCCGCUUAAGGAAAUGGAACGUGUGCUUGUGAGAGAGUGACAGCUGUAACUUCUGCUUUUAGGUACCGGGGAUGGAUCUUGUUGUUUUCACGCAGGCUAACUUUUGGGCCUCUAAGCCCACCUUGUUUCAUCCCCACGCAGCAGAACGAGGAAGUAAUUUUAAGCCAGGCGAUGUCCCUGUUUGCUCUUGCUGUACCCUCUGUGAGAUGAAUGAAUGAAUUUUUAUUUGCAUCGGCCAUAGCGAAGAAACAACAAUACGAUAUACAAAAAAUAAAAAGUCAAUUAUAUAAAAUACAUUUUAGGUUUUGAAUCAGUAGUCAAAUAGCGGAUCUUAUUCUAACUGCCCCAGCUAAAAACCUUGCAACCUUAGAGAUGUGUGUGCGGCAUAUUGAGGAUGAGCUUCUGAUAUGCACGAGGAACAGGAAAAGCAAAGGGCUGGGGAAGGCUGCUCCGUGGUGGGGUUUUUAACAUGCAGUCCACAAACUUCUUUUGUACAUUUAAAGGAGGGGGGAAUUGACACAAAUAUACAGCUGCAAAAUGGGAGAAUGCAAAACCCCAGAUUUUCAGUGUUCAGUUGGUAAGGGGCUGAGUGCUUGUGAGCAUGUUGGGGAGCAAAGUACGGGUUGGCUUGCUCCCUUUCAGCCAGGGCAUCAACCUGUCAGGGAACUGCCAUCAGCUCAGAGGCGAGAGGUGGAAGGGCAGCUGGGUUACAGGGAGCCUCCAAAGAUCGUAGGAAGGAGCACUUCCUCAGCGGAGGAGGGAAGCCCCGCCUCUAGUGGGGAAGAGAUGCAGGGCUUGAAGGAUGCAACAAGAGAGAGCCAAAGCACCGUGCAUGAGCAAAGCGGGGGGGGGGGCAGGUCCCCCUUUACCCACGCCUUCUCUGCACAGUAGGUUUACAUGCAGAGAGGGGAGGCGUCGGAUGGGGGUCAAGAGACUACUCUGCUGGGGAAAGUUUAAGGACCGCCCACUCUCAGAUUCUGCUAGUGGCUGAGCAAGACAUGGAAUUGAGGCGUUCUGCACUGUAAAUGUUUUUGCACCAAUAAUAAAGCCUUUGAAAAGACCAGUGGGGAUCUUGCCUGUUCGCUCUCGAGCAACCACGCCGGUAGGCAUAACAAACCAUAAUUGAUGUACACCUUGCCAGGCCUUUUUCCUUUUCUUUCUGAGCAUUUUGCAACUGCUGAAUUGCAGAACCACAUCUCUCCGUGCAGGUGCCUGAGUAUUAACCAAAAAGGGUAGAUAUCUUUAUCAGCCUCUUGGCCAUUGAUAGUUUAUCGCUGUCAUCACUGUAUUUUGGAGGAGGUGGAAGCAACAGUGAACUGAGUUGCAGUCAAAAUUCUCAUUCCUUUCUUUUAGGUCAGUGUCUGGCUGAUAACUUCUACGUGAGAGGAGAUGGCACCAGAGUUUAUUUUUUCACACAAGGUAACUAACUUGCGGGAUGUGGGUGGCGCUGUGGGUUAAACCACAGAGCCUAGGACUUGCCGAUCAGAAGGUCGGCGGUUCGAAUCCCCGUGACGGGGUGAGCUCCCGUUGCUCGGUCCCUGCUCCUGCCAACCUAGCAGUUUGAAAGCACGUCAAAGUGCAAGCAGAUAAAUAGGCACCGCUCCAGCGGGAAGGUAAACAGCAUUUCUGUGCGCUGCUCUGGUUCGCCAGAAGUGGCUUAGUCCUGCUGGCCACAUGACCCGGAAGCUGUAUGCUGGCUCCCUCGGCCAAUAAAGCGAGAUGAGCGCCGCAACCCCAGAGUCGGCCAUGACUGGACCUAAUGGUCAGGGGUCCCGUAACCUUUACCUUUAACUAACUUGCAGGUCCUACCGCACUCUUUAUCAAUUGGCUGUCACUGAUUUAAAGGCUGAAGCAGCUCAGGCUUGGUCUCUGGCCCAAGGCAGACAAGAAAUGAUGUUUUAGAAGAUGCUGGUUCAGGUGGCAGGGAGAAGAAAUGAUGCCAGGAUGGAUGCAUAUAACAUGAUGCUCUGAGCCAUUUCCAUUGUGGCCUUUCUACAUAUGUGGAGCAGUGAUCCUGAGAACUGGACACCAAUUUAUUAAAAAGCAAAAACCCUGAUGAUGUGAUUAAAAAAAAGGUUAAAGACUUACAUGGGCUUGAUUCAGAUGCCACAGCCCAAGAAUACUGUUUGGUUGUUUGGAAAAUGCUGCAGGUUCCCAUAUUUCAUAUCACCGUUCCUGGGUUUCUGUGGCAUCUGAAUUGGGAAAACUAUGGUUCAUGCGAAACAUGAUUUGUUGCCACCAAGCAGUGAGGGUAUUUCAAACACUUGCAUCAAUUGUAUCAACACACACAGGGUUCUUAAGUUAUUUCUGCAUGGAACCUCUGUCUGAACGGGGGUGGAGGUUUGUUGUCGUUGGUCCUGUCUUGCAGGAGGUGGCUGCGCCAGAGGGUCUUUUAAUUCUGUAUUUCUCUUCCAGAUAAUUAAUUUAUACCUGCCAGUGUUCAGACUGGAACCAGUCAAUGAAAUCAUAUUAUAUAUUUUUUUAUUUUGGGGCUCAAUUCAUGGUGUGGUUUGUGGCCUGGAAUCAGAAUUAUGUCACACAUCGCCUUUUGCCAUAUAAGCUUGCCUGACAACCUUUUUAUAAAAAUCCUUUUACAGCUAUUAUGACAAAUAAUGAUGAUGAUAAUAAUAAUAAUAAUAAUUUAUUACAGUGGUACCUUGAGUUACAGACGCUUCAGGUUACAGAAGCUUCAGGUUGCAGACUCCGCUAACUCAGAAAUAGUACCUCAGGUUAAGAACUUUGUUUCAGGAUGAGAACAGAAAUCAUGCUCUGGCGGCGCGGCAGCAGCAGGAGGCCCCAUUAGCCAAAGUGGUGCUUCAGGUUAAGAACAGUUUCAGGUUAAGAACCUCUGGAACGAAUUAAGUACUUAACCCGAGGUACCACUGUAUUUAUACCCUGCCCAUCUGGCUGGGUUUCCCCAGCCACUCUGGGUGGCUCCCAACAGAAUAUUAAAAACAUGAUAAAACAUCAAGCAUUAAAAACUUCCCUAAACAAGGCUGCCUUCAGAUGUCUCCUAAAAGUGAGGUAGUUGUUUAUUUCCUUGACAUCUGAUGGGAGGGUGUUCCACAGGGAGGGUGCCACCACCAAGAAGGCCCUCUGCCUGGUUCCCUGUAACCUCACUUCUCGCAGGGAGGGAACUGCCAGAAGGCCCUCGGCACUGGACCUCCGUGUCCGGUCUGAGUGAUGGGGGUGGUGACGUUCCUUCAGGUAUACUGGGCCAAGGCUAUUUAGGGCUUUAAAGGUCAGCACCGGCACUUUGAAUUGUACUUGGAAACGUAUUGGAAGCCAGUGUAGGUCUUUCAGGACCGGUGUUAUACGGUGUUAUAUAAUGGACUUAGCAGAACAAUUAAUAUCUCGAUACAUCUCACUACGACAUGCCAUGAGGCACAAGAGGAUGUAUUGUAUCCUUGUUCAUGUUUAUAUAAAAUACAAAUUAAUACCGUAGUCCCACCAAAAUGAUCAUCCAAUCCUUUCCUUGCUUGACAAUUUCCUUCUUCCAAGAGGUAUUUACCUAUCUUUGCCACUGCUCAGUUCGAUAGGCAGAAAAACCUUUCUACUCUUUUGGUCUCAGAUUAUCACUGGUUUUAUUGCUAUUUGUUGCCAUUAUCUUGUUUUUUCCCAUCUUCAUCACAAACCGCCUUGCAGCGUUAUACUUUAAAAUCACAUUUCUUUCCGAUGUCCCUUAGAUGAGCUGGAUUUGCUGUUCUCUACAGCAGGCUUGGAGAAAGCCCAAAACAUUGUGGACCGCCGCCUCCAAGUGAACAGAGGGAAACAAAUCACCAUGUACAGAGUCUGGAUCCAGUGUAAAUAUCGCAAGCCAAAGGGCGACAAGGAAUCUCUAGGAGAAAGAAGCAACUUUCAUCCUAGCGGCUGCACGUAGCGAGACUCGGACCUCUCCCCUGGCGGUUGCCCAUUAUACUGGGGAACUCACUGCAGACUUUGUACAGCAAACAGGACUGCAUGGUGCUUGUAUUAGAAGCACAAAGUUUACUGGCACAAGCCCCAAUACGGAGCAAAAAUUUUAAAUUCGCUUGGUGGGUGGGGAGAUGCAAUGAACUGUAAUGCAACUUUGUGGCUUACAGGAUCAUCCCUGGGGUCUGAGUUCCUUGGCCUCCUACUGAAUUAGGUGGGUUUAUUCCUGCAAAAACAGUAUGAUGGCACCUCCUUCUGCAAUCCUACCUGGAGAGACUGCUUCUGGCCACUUACUUGACCAGGAAAGAGGGAAGUCCCUUGCCAAAUGGUCAGCUCUUCUUUUCAGACCUGAACAAACAUUCUUCAGAUGCAGGAACGUGCGUCAGACCAAGGUCUCCCAUGUAUAUGCAGGCCUGGCUGUUUAACUAAAUCUAAACAAGAUCAAGCAUUGCAUCAGUUUCUGACUGCUUCAAGGAGUUUAUAACCAUGCCUUCUUACACCUACGAUGUAACUUUUCUACAUUGGCGGUGGGUGGGGUGGGGAAGGGAAGAGGCUAAGAAAGUGUCCUGGGAAUCUUGCAGGUUUCUAGAAUAAUUUCAAGUUGUUUUAACAAAUAUUCACUGGCAUAAGUGAUUGUUACUGCAUCACCCUCGCUGAUGGUCAACAAGCACACUAGAAAAAAAUGGAACAACCCUCUCCAGCCACCAAAUUUUAUAAAGUUAUAGUAUAUUUAAAACAAUUCUGAAUUUAAUGCAAACAGAACAUGUUAAAGCCUGCCUGUGUAAUCUCCAGAACUGAACCAGACUUGUGAAAAUAAGCUUAAAAAAUUAAAAGACCUUUUAAAAGAUUUUGCAUAUGAAGCUAUGCUUUAGCAUUACAUCAGGAACAGCCAAUGUUGUGCCAUACAGAUACUGGACUGCCAACUCCCAUCAGCAGUAGCCAGUGAUCAGGGAUGAUGUGAGUUGGAGACCAUUGGCUGAGGGACACAAAGUUUCAUGAAUGAGCCUCAGGUGUGCACAUUGACCCCAUCCUCUUCUGUGUCAUGGUGGCAAGGUAAGAAGUCUACAGCUUCCAAUUCUGGCUGAACUUGGAGUAACUAUAUUAGCCUACUACUUAGUGCAAACAUGCAAGAUGGAAAUGUGAUUUAUAACCCUGGCUUAUUCACUAACAUAUAACGGGGAAUGAAGUUAGUUUUUUAAAUGCAAGCAGAUUCUCUGAUCACCUGCUUGUGAAAAAGAAGGGGGGGGGGACCUUAAUGAAAAAUCAUUCUGGCCAGUUAAGAGCCCUAAUUUUGGAUUGCACCUGCAGCUGUACAACAGGUAAAUGUAAGUUUUGAACUGCUUAUCUGCUUUCCAUUUCCUUCAGACACUUCAUAAAUUCACUCAUGUCUCCAUAGUACAGCCAGUAGUUGAUGGAAACUUCUCUAACUUUGGUUCUGUGAAUUCAGACAUCACAGUAAACCACGGCUUGCCUAAACUAUGGUUUGCAACAUCAGCUUCAAAUGCUAGCUUCUUGACCCCAAAAUGAACAAUUUUGUGAGCAGGUUCCACUAAAGAGUUUGUCUUUAAACAUGGUUUGCUGUUCUGCACACUAGAUUCAGGCUUGUGCCCUUCCCACUUGCCUCUCAACAAGUGACCAUGGGUCAGAUGUCACAGUAAACCAUGGUUUACUCUUAUGGGUGACUUGUUAACUAUCCUUACCCUCUCUUAUUUCAGCAUGUUUGUGAGUUUAGAAAAUUACGUUUCUGUUGUUUGUUGACAGCAUUUUAGUCUUAUGUCUGAAC